CAUACCAGUAGGUGGCGGUAAAGCGCAUUAAAGUCAUUCGUCAACCGCCAUUAAACAUCAGGAAGAAGAAGCAGAAACAUCACGAGGAAGAAAAAGAAAUGAGAUGACAGAGAAGAAAAAGGCUGAGCUCUCAUGGUGAUGGAGGAGCCCACAGAGGACAGCCUGUGUGGCAAAUGGAGGAGUGGCUGUGGAUUACACCGAGACAAGCUGAAGGACAUCUUCUCAUGGCGGCUGCUGAAGACCGUCGCCAUGGGCCAGGUUCUGUCCCUGCUCAUCUGUGGGACGGCGGGCAGCUGCCAGUACCUGGCCAACGCCCAGGUGGAGACGCCCAUGCUGCAGAGCUUCCUCAACUACGCCCUGCUGCUGCUCACCUACACCCUGACCCUCUGCCGCCGCAAAGGCGACGCCAACAUCCUGGAGGUGUUGAGAACCAAGUGGUGGAAGUAUUUGGUGAUGGGUCUGGCGGAUGUGGAGGCAAACUACACGGUUGUGAAGGCGUACCAGUUCACCACGCUGACCAGCAUCCAGCUGCUGGACUGCUUCGUGAUCCCGGUGCUGAUGGUGCUUUCCUGGAUCGUCCUGAAGACGCGCUACCGGCCCCUGCACUUUGUGGCCGUGACGGUGUGUUUGCUGGGGGUGGGGGCCAUGGUGGGCGCUGACAUUAUAGCCGGGAGAGACCAGGGAUCCGCCAGUGACAUGUUGCUGGGUGACGGCCUGGUCCUGCUCAGCUCGGUCCUGUACGCCGUAUCCAACCUGUGCCAGGAGCACACGGUGAAGAACCAGAGCCGGGUGGAGUUCCUGGGAAUGAUGGGGCUCUUCGGGACUCUGAUCAGCGGCCUGCAGCUGGCUGCGCUGGAAAUCCCGGCGGUCAAAGCCAUAAAAUGGAGUCUGCACAUCGUCCUGCUGUUGGGGGUCUACGCCCUCUGCAUGUACGCGCUGUACAGCUUCAUGCCCGUCGUGGUGAAGCUGACCAGCGCCACCGCCGUCAACCUGUCUCUGCUCACGGCGGACCUCUUCAGCCUCUUCUGCGGCCUUUUCCUCUUCAACUACAAGUUCUCUGUCCUCUACAUCGUCUCGUUUGUCAUCAUCACGGUGGGCUUCAUCAUGUUCAACACCGUCCAGACGUAUUCCGCUUCACCCGCCGCUACCGCCGAGGAGGAAGAGGAGGAGGAGGAGGAGGCAGAGCGCGCCUCAGACCGCCUGCUGGCUGCAGACGGAGGCGCUGGAAGCGUCGUGGCGUUCACGGCGCUGUGACUGAAUGAGGGACCUGUGCUGCAGUUACAGUCGUAACGUUACAGUAAGGAAAGGACAGAACUACAUGGGGACGCGUUCUGUUGUUGUUACAUAAAAUAUAAGCAGAUGUUGUCUGUUCCUGUUUUAAAGCCAGAGGAAGGGCAGAUAUUUAUUUAGCUGUGAUCGUCUCACCAACCCCUGAAGAUUGACGUUUACCACCAGGUUUACCAGACCUGCUUCUCAGGUCUGAGAACUUUGUGUUUUCAGGCUGAAUCUCUGGUUCUGACCCACAGAACAGGAAUCACAUCUUUUACUCUGUCUCCCACAUCAAACCCUCGCUAUAACCCGAUCCUCUGCCCCGUACUACACCAACGUGGCCGAUUCUUCGCUCUAUGUCUGCGGUUUGUUCCUGUGAACCGACCGUUUCAGGACCAACGAGCUGAAGCUGCUGCCCAUCAGUUUACUUUGCUCUGUAGUUCUGUCUUUUACUGAAUCCUGGAGAUAAACCGUUAGAAGAUAUCUGAUGUGUUCAUGUUGGUUCUGAGCUGCACGCAGACCAGAUAACAGCAUGAACUAUGACCAAAGAGUCGGUGACCUGCUGCUGCUACAUGUUAUUUAUCAGCUGACCUGAAAGGUGCUGUUAGGUCAACAAUACUUCUAAAAUUAUCAUUAUUAUUGUUCUUAUUAAAUAACAUUUCUCUGCGAUAGACCAUGUGGAUUGUUUGUUAAAGUUCGGCGCCGCAGACCUUUGAUCGCUAUGAAACGUCCGGCUGCAGGUCGAAACUUUUCACACCCAGAAAAGUAAGAUAAAAACCGGCCCAAACUACACAGGGGCUGUUUAUUUCCUAAAACCUCAGGUUUGCCAAAUGUUGACAGUUAUUUUAGGGAUGCAUCGAUGGGGACAUUUUGGGCCAGUACUAAUAUUUGAUAUUAUUGCUGUUAUAGUCGACACCCAAUAUUACACAUAUUUAGUCAUAUAUACAUUUACAGACGCCCUUUGCAUCCAUUUCUCGCCUUUAUUAAAGCUUUUUGUUCCUGUAGGUAUUAUUAAAUUGAUAUGAAGUAAAUAUAUGGGACUGCAUGUAAAAAAAAAAAAAAAGAAGUCAAUUAAAACGUGUCCUGCUGGUCUGGAAAGCUCUGCACAUAUUUAAAUUCCAAGUUUAAUUUCAGUACAAACUACCUAAAUUGCCUUUUUUGUUGCUACAGGUUCUGUCAUCAUGUUUAUUUUUAUUAAUUUACCAAAAAUUCUGUAAUCAGAGAAACAUGUUACCAUGGUGCCAGUUUACAUUUUUCUUAUAAAUUGGUUUUAUAA